UCGUGAUCCAGUAUAAAAAACGGAUCAAUUGAGUUAUAAAUUCUCCGAUUUAGCUUUGUUUGCAACGAUAAUAACUAUAAAUCCGAUGGAAAAUCGUCGUAGAAAGAGCAAUUCAGGUGAUAGAUUUUCAUUUCCAAUAAUUAUGCCGGUUCAGGAAGGUGAAGAAAUGGAAUUUGAAUUUUCCGGUAGUGUUUCGCCGGGAUCUCCGAAAUCUCCGGCGGAUCAUUUGUUCUUCAAUGGACGGUUACUGCCGCAUUACUUCCCCUGUCAACCGGUAAGUAAUAUCAAUAGUCCGAUUUCAUUUUCGCGAUCAACGAGCAGAACGAGUAAUGCUAGUAGCAGAGAUUCGCUCUGGUCCUCGCGCAGCAACAGCACGAAUAGUCGUAGCAGUUGCAGUAGCAGCGCGAGGACCAGCACGAGCGAAUGUUCUGAAAGGAAAUUGAUGAAUCAAAGGAAUAAUUCAGCGUUUGCUAUGUAUAGAAAUUCGUCGAAUAAUAUGAAUUUUUCGACUACUCUGCAUACUGGAAUUUCGCCUAAAUGGCAGUUUAUUGUAACACCAGCACCAGUAAUGAAGAAAAAACAACAAAUUUCAGCUCCAGUUAUGAAGAAAAAAGGCCAAUUUGUUUCGAAAUCUCAGAAACAGAGUGCGAAAGGAGGCAAAGAGAUGAAAUCGAAGAAACAGAGGAAGGAAAAUGGUAAAAGAAAAGUGAGAUUUUGGUUUUUGCGAAGAGUUUUCAGGAAGUUUAUGUCAGCUUGCAGAGAAUGUCACGCAAUGGAACCAACGAGAAGAGAGAGGCUUUCGCAUCGUUGAAAGUCAUGUUGCUCGAAUUCUUUUAAAAUAUCGAUAGCAAAUGAAUGCAUGUCAGAUAUUUCAAAAAAUAUUGCAUUUUUGAAAAAUCGAGUACAAGCAAGAAGGAUGAAAUGAUUUGACAUUACUAA